AUGCCUCCUGUAUGCAACAACGUCUUCUCUGGAAAGGAUGCACUUUCGAAGUUCUACGAUCCGGACUCAAAUCCAUUACUUCCGCUGGUCGAGAUUCCAGUUCAUCCGUUUGAAGAAGAUGGCGUCCACAUCUACGCCAAGAUGUUGACUUUCCUUCCCGCUGCCAAUGUGAAAUCACUGCCGGCAUUGAAUAUGCUUCAGAAAGCCAAACAAGAGGGGAGGGUCGACGCAUCCACCAAUAUCGUUGAAUACUCGUCCGGCAGCACAAUCAUGUCACUAGCAAUCCUAAGUAAAGUAAUGGGACUCAACGGUGCCAUUGCAUAUGUGUCCAAUAAAACAACCAAGAGCAAACUCAAUCUUCUAAGAUUUUUUGGUUUGGAAACUAAACUCUUUGCCGGACCUGGACAGCCAUCACCUCAGGAUUCUAAUGGCGGAAUUUUCAGAGCCGCUGUAGACGGUCAGACCAACCAUAAUUACAAUCCAAGUCAAUAUCUGAAUCCCAAUAACUAUCUCGCCCACCAACGUUGGACAGGUCCUCAAAUCGCUGAGCAGUUGCCCAAUAUCUCUGCAUUUGCGGCUGGAAUGGGGACCACCGGUACAAUGACUGGAACCGGGUCAUAUCUCAAACAAUUCAAUCCUGAGAUUGUGAACGUUGGCGUCUGCACCGCACCUGGAGAUCUUGUGCAUGGGCCUCGAAAUCUAUCCCUUGUUGGUGACAUACCAUUUCCGUGGCAAGACACGGUCGAUGUGCUGGAAGAAGCCUCCACCUUCGAGUCAUUUGCAGCUAGUCUGCAACUCUGCAGAAACGGUCUUCUGUGUGGCCCAAGUUCUGGCCUUGCAAAAGUAGGACUAUUCAAGUUCUUGGAAAAGGCUAAGCUCGAAGGUAGACUUGACCAUUUGAGAGCUAGUGAUGGCUCAAUCAACUGUGUCUUCACAUGCUGUGAUCUUCCAUAUCAGUAUGUUGAUGAAUAUUUCCAGAUCCUUGGAGAGAACUACUUCCCCCCGGUUCAGGAGGAAGCACUGCUUGAUGUCGACUGUUACCCAUAUCAACCCGAAUGGGAGCUGUCAGCAGAAGUCAUCUUAUCCAAGAUUCUGAUCUACAUAUCGAGUGUAAAGUCGUUAGGAGGUGAGACGAAAAAGCAUCGCAUUGGGCCAAUGUCCUCCACAGAGCCUCGCACCGGAGAAGAUGUGCUUAUCUUGGACAUUCGGAAUGAGGUAGACUUCAACAGGCGUCAUUUUCCUGCAGCCAUAUGUCUUGACAUAGGAAACAAUGCCGAGUCUCCGAAUCCGUUCCUUGAUACACCUACCAUGGUUAAGCAAUGGCGUAGCCUUGAUCAGCGUUUAUCCCCUGAUAACGGAAUCUUCGGCGAGGAACUUGAUGGGAAAACAGUGGUAGUGUUCUGCUACGACGGAAAUACUUCACGCAUAGCAACUAGCAUCCUCCAAUAUCGCGGCGUUGAAGCAUAUUCCUGUGCAGGAGGGAUCGGUGUUUGUUGGGAGCUACUAAAUCUUGUUGACGGACGGGAACAUGAAGACUAA